ACUUGGAAAUCGAGAGAGAGAGAAGGAAAAGGGCGGGAUCGCUCGCUCGCUCCCCACCGACCGAGUCCCCUCCUCCUCUCUCUCGUCCGCCCUUCACCAUGGCCCCGGAAGGCGAAGCGGAGCCCCCCGCCGCCGCCGCCACCGCCGCCGCGGGCGACGGCGAGGAGGUGGAGCUUCUGCUGCCUCCGCCGCCGCCGCCCCUGCCCGAUCCUGCCUCCGUCGGAUCCCCGGAGGAGAAGGCCUCGAGGGACCUAUCGCCGUCUUCUGACGACGACGCCAAUCCCGAUCAUGGCAACGAUGAGGGCCUUGCUCAGGCCGCCGCCGCCGCCGCCGCCGAUGAUCUCAAGCAGAAGAUCAUCAGGCAGGUGGAGUAUUAUUUCAGCGAUGAAAACUUGCCCACUGAUAACUACAUGAUGGGUUGGAUUAAGAAGAACAAACAAGGAUUCGUUCCUAUUGGGGUAAUUGCUUCUUUUAGGAAAAUGAAGAAGCUAACCCAAGAUCAUUCAGUUGUCGCAACUGCACUGAAAGAGUCUACAUUUUUGGUUGUGAGUCCAGAUGAAAAGAAGGUGAAGCGGCUUCAUCCUUUUCCAAGCACAGAGGCUCUGGAUCCAAAGUUAUGUACUGUUCUGGUGGAGAACCUACCAGAAGAUCACUCAGUGGAGAACCUUGAGAGAAUUUUUUCAGAAGUUGGAAAGGUGAAGAGUGUCUCUGUCCACAAUCCAAGUGCUGUAGAAGAGCCCAAAAAGCAUGGCAAGCCAGAAAAACUUCAUAGCACCAAGUUACAUGCUCUCAUAGAAUAUGAGACUGUUGAAGCUGCUGAGAAAGCGGUUGCUGCUUUGAAUAAUGAAGAGGACUGGAGGAAUGGCAUGCAUGUCAAGAUUCUUAAGCGCAUGGGCAAGCAAGGGCAGAGAAAAAUAAACUGGAGGGUUACUGUAUCUGAGAGGAAUGGUUCUGCUCAUUUAUUCAAUCAAGUUGGUGUUGAGGAAGAUCACAAGUUAAGUGAGCAUCAUGAUAGUGUGCCUGAUGAAGAGGAUGGCGACCGUAUUCCCAAGGACAAAAAUGGGGAUAGAAGCCGAAACCAUGGGCGACCAAAGAGAUACAAUCAUCGCGGGAUGAAUGGAUAUGGGCAUGGAACUACAACUUCUACACACAUUGUUGAGCCCUCAAAACCUCCUUCAGGCCCAAGAAUGCCUGAUGGAACAAGAGGAUUCACCAUGGGACGUGGGAGACCUCUGGUCCCUGAUCUAAGUUAAGCAGAUCUACUGUCAUAUGGAGUGAGUUAUAAGGCUCAUGCUCAGUUAAUUCAUUGCUCAAAGAUUUGAUUGAAUGUUUCCAGUGUGGUUGUGGAUGUACGGUGGAUUCAUUGUGCAAAAGAGAUGAUGCUGUGCAUUCAUGUUUUGUGAGCAAAGGGAUUCUAAUUUAGUAGUAAGAAAAUUCGGUCUCCUGAGCAGCUUUUGCUGUAGCUUCUGAUAUUGGGACUUCAUUGUUAGCUUGUGACAAAGACUAGAGUCGCAAGUGUUUUCUUGGUUGGUGAUCGGAAACUGUAACUUAUGUAGUUUAUGUAAAGUGGCAUAGAAAAAAUGUGGAGAAUGAUAUUGGAGGUCUUUAAAGAGACCUGGGGGUUAUAAACAAGGAACACCCCCGAUUUUUGUAGCCUGGUUUUGUUGACCUCUGCAUUUGUUGAUAAAUAAUGCCAUUAUGGGUUUUGGUGUUGUUUCUAA